AUGAAAUGUGCGCUCCUUGGGCUGGCCAAAUCUCCCAGCAAGAAAUGCUCCGGUGAAUGGCCGAGGAACGAUCGGGAGGAGGACGAACCUGUCGCAGGCGUCCGGAGCCCCAGCCGCUGCUUGCACACUAUGCUACGGAAGGUGGAAAGACAUGAUGUGAAUACACUCAGUUUGCCUCUUAAUAUUCGCCGGGGAGGUUCAGACACUAAUCUGAAUUUUGAUGUACCUGAUGGUAUAUUUGAAUUUCACAAAGUAAAACUCAGCGCAGAUAGUCUGAAACAAAAGAUUCUGAAAGUUACUGAGCAAAUAAAAAUAGAACAAACAGCUCGGGAUGGGAAUGUGGCCGAGUACUUGAAGCUGGUGAACAGUGCAGACAAACAACAAGCUGGACGAAUUAAACAAGUCUUUGAAAAGAAGAAUCAGAAGUCUGCCCAUUCCAUAGCCCAGCUGCAAAAAAAACUGGAACAAUAUCACAGAAAGCUAAAAGAAAUAGAACAGAAUAGUUCCUCCAAAAGCACCAGAGAUGCUUCCAAAGACAGCCUAAAGGAAAUCCAACACUCUUUAAAAGAUGUACAUGGCAAAGUUCGUGCUACCAGUCAGGCCAAUGAAAGCUGCAAAACGGGGGUUCUAGGAGUCUCGUUGACGCCUCCAGUGUUUGUUUUCAACAAAUCCAGGGAGUUUGCAAAUCUCAUUCGGAAUAAGUUUGGUAGUGCUGACAACAUUGCUCACUUGAAGAGUAGCUUAGAUGACUUCAGACCAGAAACUACUUCUAGGGCAUAUGGUGGUAGUGCCACCAUUGUAGCCAAGCCAAAAUACACCAGUGAUGAUGAAUGCUCAAGUGGAACAUCUGGAUCCAUAGACAGUAAUGGAAACCAAUCCUUUGGUCAUGGUGAGGCAAAUGCUUUGGACAACCAUGGAAAACUUACCAUAUUCUUGGAAGAACUGAGGGAAAUAAAGGAAGCACAAUCCCAAUUAUCAGAAGAUAUUGAGAAUUUAAAAGUACAGUUCAAAAGAGAUUAUGGCUUUAUUUCUCAGACCUUGCAAGAGGAAAGAUUCAGAUAUGAGCACUUAGAAGACCAGCUAAAUGAUCUAACAGACCUCCAUCAACAUGAAACAGCCAAUUUGAAGCAAGAACUGGCCAGUAUUGAAGAAAAAGUAGCAUAUCAGGCUUAUGAGCGGUCACGUGAUGUUCAGGAAGCUUUGGAAUCUUGCCAGACACGGGUUGCUAAAUUGGAGCUCCACCAGCAAGAACAGCAAGCAUUACAAUCAGAAACGGUUAAUGCCAAAGUCCUACUAGGAAAAUGCAUAAACAUAGUCUUGGCCUUCAUGACUGUUAUCCUUGUUUGUGUCUCCACCAUAGCAAAGUUUAUAGCUCCUAUGAUGAAAAGCCGUUUCCAUAUUAUUUGCACAUUUUUUGCAGUAACUUUUCUUGCAAUUUUAUGCAAAAACUGGGAUCACAUUAUCUGUGCCAUAGAAAAGAUAAUCAUACCAAGAUAA